UUGACAGUUGACACGAGACACUUGUCAGUUAGUUGUCAAUGUUGAUUCAUCUGUUGGCAAAAGUUUAGCGCCUCUUUUGCCUUAUUUCAUCAGCAAGGAUGGCGUCUACUGAUAAUAGUGGAAUCACCACGGGACAGCCCAAUCUACAAAAACAGGACCUAUCAAAAUUAGAUGUUACUAAACUAACAGCGCUGUCCCCAGAGGUUAUCAGUAGGCAAGCUACGAUUAAUAUCGGAACCAUAGGGCAUGUAGCUCACGGUAAAUCUACCGUAGUUAAAGCUAUAUCCGGAGUGCAGACUGUACGUUUCAAAAACGAAUUGGAGAGGAACAUUACUAUUAAAUUGGACAAGCUACAGUACAAUGAUAAAGGCCUCGUAACGUGGCCCCCCUUACUCCAAGGCCGUCGUGUCGACCCCAAAAAAGCCUUAGAAAACCUGAAAGACUGGGAACAAAGAGGCUUGAAACGGAAAAGGAAAUCCGCGGUACAAAAUGGCGAAACAUACAGAAGCAAAUACAUUGUAGAGGCUAUAGAAAAAAUGGAGUACGACAUCAGAAGUCGGGAUUACCUGUUCUUUGUUAAGUGGGAGGGUUAUCAUUACGAGUGCAACACAUGGGAGCCCAUGGAACAUUUAGCGGGGGCCGAGGAAGUUUUAGAAAAGUUUUUUAGCGAAACUUUCAACAGUAGUGCUUUGAAGGAGUUGGGGAAUAAGUUUCAGUUGGAUGUGGAAUCUGUGACGGAUGAUAUGAUGCUCAGGGCGAUACCAAAAGGGGGUUCUUUAGCCACUAUCAACAAGUUAAAGGUUCAGAAGAGUCUUUUAAAGUUCUUUGAAAUGCCGAUGUACAGUCAUUAUGUUAAAAAAAUUGAAGAUGGUCGAAAAGCUUUGUUACUGUACCUUCUUAGUGUAAAACGGGAAGCUCAGUUAAUGAAAUUGAACAGGUGGGAAGAUAUAAUUAACCGUAUGGACAAGUCUGAAGCAACUAUAACAGUUCGAAACGACGUAGAUCUUGAAUUUCCUCCAGAAAAUUUUAGUUAUAUUAACGACUAUGUAGCGACCGGAAACAUAGAAAUCCCUGAUAUCCCCGACGUUCAUUGUGAGUGCAAAGAGUGCGGACCCGGCAUUAAAUCAUGCUGUGGCAAGCAAAUUCAUGGAUCCUUCAAUUACACCACAGUAGGAAGGAUGAACGUGAACCCAGGCAAUGCAAUCUUCGAAUGUAACAAACUAUGCAAGUGUUCAUCAAAUUGUAGAAACAGGGUGGUCCAGCAUGGCCGCCAAGUACCACUGUGUAUUUUCCGGACUAACAAUGGAUGUGGAUGGGGUGUCAAGGUACUAAGGAAGAUUUUUUGUGGACAGUUUGUUUGUGAGUACGUUGGUGAGGUUAUAACUCACGAGGAAGCCGAGAAACGCGGUAAGGAGUAUGACGCUGAGGGAAGAACUUAUCUCUUUGAUCUUGACUACAAUUCUAGAGAUAAUUUAUACACAGUGGACGCGGCAAAGUACGGGAAUGUAUCUCACUUUAUCAACCAUUCGUGUGAUCCAAAUCUGGGGGUGUACGCUACCUGGAUUAACUGUCAGGAUCCAAACAUUCCCAAACUAGCUCUGUUCGCUUUAAAGGAAAUAAAUAAAGGUGAAGAGUUGACUUUUGAUUACAUGAUGAAUAUAGACCAGCCUACUGAGGUACGUACUCCGGAGAAGGGUAGGACCAAGCUGGAUACUCCUGAUAAAAAAAUGCAGUUUUCCAGCGACAGGCCUAGUUGUAAGUGUGCUGCAGACGCAUGUUAUGCGAACGCCAAGAUCUACAAGUGUGACAACCCGAAAUGUCCCAGACCGGCCUGUUACAUUUCAGGGUCGUCGUCUAAAGAUGACAAUUUCCCGUGUCUCAGACCCGCCUGUACCGGACGAUUUCAGCUGGUACGACAUGUUAGUUUUGUGGACUGUCCCGGUCACGACAUUCUUAUGGCCACCAUGUUGAACGGAGCGGCUGUCAUGGACGCCGCUUUGCUUCUUAUAGCAGGUAACGAGUCGUGUCCCCAGCCUCAAACCAGCGAACAUUUGGCUGCUAUCGAGAUUAUGAAGCUGAAGCACAUCAUUAUCUUGCAAAACAAGAUCGAUCUGGUCAAGGAGGGACAGGCCAAAGAGCAACACGAGCAGAUCGUCAAGUUUGUACAGGGUACAGUAGCGGAAGGUGCACCCAUUAUACCUAUUUCUGCUCAACUGAAGUACAACAUUGAGGUACUUUGCGAGUACAUAACGAAGAAAAUCCCCAUCCCUCAGCGCGAUUUCACAUCGCAACCACGUCUGAUCGUCAUCAGGUCGUUCGACGUCAACAAACCCGGCUGCGAAGUGGACGAUUUGAAGGGAGGAGUUGCGGGAGGCAGUAUCCUGAGGGGGGUACUCAAAGUGGGCCAAGAAAUCGAGGUCAGGCCCGGACUCGUCAGCAAGGACUCAGAAGGCAAACUCACCUGCAAACCAAUUUUCUCCAGGAUUGUGUCCUUGUACACCGAACAAAACGAACUACAAUUCGCAGUACCAGGAGGACUCAUCGGAGUGGGUACAAAAAUCGAACCGACCCUUUGCAGAGCUGACAGAUUAGUAGGACAAGUCCUGGGUGCCGUAGGAGCCCUUCCCAACAUCUUCAUCGAGCUGGAAGUCAGCUACUACCUGCUCAAACGUCUACUGGGUGUUCGUACGGAGGGUGACAAGAAAGGAGCCAAAGUACAGCGCUUAACUAAGAGCGAAGUACUGCUAGUCAACAUAGGAUCGCUGAGUACCGGCGGUAGAGUUAUAGCGACUAAAGCUGACUUGUGUAAGAUAGCGCUGACCAACCCCGUGUGCACGGAGGUCGGUGAGAAGAUCGCGCUGAGUAGGAGGGUGGAAAAGCAUUGGCGUCUCAUCGGAUGGGGGCAGAUCAGAGGCGGGGAGACGAUUCAACCCGUUAAUAACUAACCGCAAAAAGAAAGAAGAAAAAAGAAAGUACUAGGCUCGUAUUAGACCGGUAUUUAGAGUUUCGUUUUAUUAAUUUGUUCGUAUAUCGAGUAUAUUUGAAGAGAAAAACGUAUUUAUAUUAACGUAUUUUAUCACUAAUCCUUAUGAGACGUGUUUUGAGUUGUUGGUUUGUACUAGCUGUAGGUUUUCUAAUAUAUUGGAUUUUAUGCAAA